GUCACUUGAGAUCAAGAUCAAUGACGGUUAAAAAAAAAGCGACUCAGCAGAAGUCUAAACAAAGAAAACGUAAUAUUUUCAUCACAACGUUGUUGAUGCGGAAAUUUUUAUCAGUGAGGAAAUCUGAGUAAGUUGUUUCAACUGUCGUCUGAGGGUUGAAUGAGAAAUGAGCUCUGCUGUAAAAAGGUUCAACACUCAGCGUCUCUCUGCUCUUCCUGGAAUCAAGCUCAGCCUGAUAACCCUCCUCUUCCAGAUCGACAAACACAACAGCUCCACUCCACCCAUUUCCUGGUUCCUCCCCUUCAGAUCUGCACUCUGCAGAUGGCUGGUAGAGCUGACAGGGCCUGUUUACUGCAGGAGCACAUGAUUUGUCGAUCAGAGUUCAGACGAGUUCAAUGUAUGAGAAAGUGAAACUCAAACAGUCUGUGUGACCGAGAGCAGAAAUGGCGCAGCAAAGAAAUCAGCCGGAUGCAGAGAAAUUCUCUUGCUUCAUCUGUGUGGAUCUACUGAAGGAUCCGGUCACUACUUCCUGUGGACACAACUUCUGCAUGGACUGUAUUAAAACACACUGGGAUGAAGAGGAUGGUCAGAGAACCUACAGCUGCCCUCAAUGCAGGAAGAUUUUCACACCGAGGCCUGACCUGGAGAAAAACGUCCUGUUAGCAGAGUUACUGGGACUGGCAAUCAAUGAAGUGGAUGUUUCACUGUCAGGACCAGAACCAAAGACCAGAGCUGGAUUCUUAAAAUGUUCGAGAGAAAUCACUCUGGAUCCAAACACAGCACACGGACGUCUGGAAUUAUCUGAAGGAGACAGAAAAGUCUCCAACAGAUCCAUUGGAUAUUGUCAGGUCCUGAGUAAAGAGAGUCUGACUGGAUGUUGCUACUGGGAGGUGGAGUGGAGAGGAGAAGGAGUUUAUGUAGCGGUCGCAUACAAGAAUAUUUGCAGAGAUGGAGGCUUAUAUGAAUGCGGAUUUGGACUCAAUUACAAAUCUUGGACUUUACGUUGUGACACCAACAGUUAUUCAUUUUGGUACAACAACUCUGAAACUCCCGUCUCCGGUCCUCAGUCCUCCAGAAUCGGAGUUUAUCUGGAUCACACAGCAGGUAUUCUGUCUUUCUACAGCGUCUCUAAAACCAUGACUCUCCUCCACAGAGUCCAGACCACAUUCACUGAGCCCAUACAUGCUGGAGUUCAGCUUUGCGGUGAUGCAGGUUGGUUGUUCAAUUCUGCAACCAUUGCAGAGUUCGUUAAACUCAGAUAAAGUAAUUCCAGUGUCUGAGGGUCGGUUCGUGUUUAGUCCAGAUCUAAGUUCACGAUCUACAGUUUACUUUUGUAGUUGCAGCAUUAAUUAGUGUUUUGGAUUCUGUCGAGAGGAGCUGAGGUAUGAGAUCCCAGAGACAGCCAAAUAGUACGGACUUCUGGCAUAAGUAGGUAGAAUAAAGGGAUUGCAUUUUACAAGUAUUAAAAUCUGUUGAUUUUAUGAAUUGAUUAUAAGGUCACUUGAAUAAUGUGUGCUCACAUGCCAGUAGGACGAUCUAACUGUAUGAUUAAUUAUGUUAACCUACAGAUUACGCAUAUUUACACAGUAAUUAAUUUUUAAUCUGUAAGAAUUAUACCCUGAUGAUUUUAUGAUUUGUUAUGCUGUAACCUGCUGAUUUUAUGGUUGAUUAUACUGAGGCCUGAUAAUCAUACGCUCACAUUAGAAUGAUUCAUAAGCAUUAAGUUUGAGGUAUUGAAUGGUGAUUUAAAAUGAGUUUGACAAUCCAAGUAAGUCUGAGAUUGCACAAUGGAUGUCAAAAGUAGGAUGUGGCUAACUGCCAGUAAAAUGAAUACGUUUGCAACUCUGGACGCAUGCAAGCAGUCGCACUUUCUUAAACUUGGUUGUUUUUCAACUGAAAUGUGGAACUAAAAUGUGGAAGCGGUUGAGAGUUGAGACACUGCAGAGUGUCGCGAUGAGACUUGAGAAAGAGUGCAAGUUAGGAGAGAGAAUAUGUUGUAAUGCACAUAUCUAUGGGGAAUUCUGCUUUUGUUUGAAAAUGAAGAGACACUAUGUUUGGAGUUUUUUGGGAGUUCUCUGCUGAAAACAGAAAACAUCUGAGGAAGAUAAGAGUACACUUAGCAAUUAGAGGAGUCUGUAUGGUCUGUGAAUCUGUCCAGAAGGAGUAAUGGAUUGUUCUCUUUGUCCUGCUUGAAGACAACAGAGGAAUAACUUAUCUGCAUGAAGGACUGUUUCUCAAAUGGACCAGAGCAGUGAUUCUCAAACUCUUUCUGUCAGGACCAACUUUGGAAGAUAACCCCCACCAAGUGCUUAUUUGGCAAGUAUGAACACAAGUCAAGACUUGCAUAUUUGGUUUUGAGCAACGGACAGCGCAGUUUGAGUAUUGUGCACUGCAAAAAACAGGCCAACGUUAAAACAACAGUUCAGCUAAUUAGUUUCACGUAGACAGACCUUUUCCUCACAGUCACUCACCUGCCCCCCUGUCAACACACACUUUGAGAAACACUGGACUAUAGGAAUAGUAAAGAGACCAACACUCACUCCUUUGGAACUACAAAUGUGGAUUACAACUGUUCGGUCCAAAUGGAAAAAGGACCACAACUAGAACUAGAACCAGAACCAGAGCCAGAACCAGAGCCAGAGACCAGAGCUGGAUUCUUAAAAUAUUCAAAAGAAAUCACUCUGGAUCCAAACACAGCAAAGACACAUACGUUAUUAACUGAAGGUAAAAGAAAAGUCAGCUUCAUGGAAAGUCCCCAUUCUCUGUCUGACGUUUUACUGUCAGGACCACAAGCACAAGCAGAGGCCAGAGCUGGAUUCACAAAAUUUUCAAGACAAAUCACUCUGGAUCCAAACACAGCAAACAGACAGCUGUUAUUAUCUGAAGGGAACAGAAAAGUAACAUUUGUGCAAAAAGAACAACGUUAUCCUGAUCAUCCAGAAAGAUUCACUUAUUUUCGGCAGGUCCUGAGUAAAGAGAGUCUGACUGGAUGUUGUUACUGGGAGGUGGAGUGGAGAAGAAGAGGGAUUUAUGUCGCGGUUGCUUCCAAGAAUAUCCGCAGAACAGGAAACUCAAUUGAAUGUGGAUUUGGACAAAAUGACAAAUCUUGGUCUUUACUCUGUGACACCCACAGUUAUAAAUUUUGCUACAACAACACUGAAACUCCCAUCUCUAGUCCUCCGGCCUCCAGAAUCGGAGUUUAUCUGGAUCACGGAGCAGGUAUUCUGUCUUUCUACAGCGUCUCUAAAACCAUAACUCUCCUCCACAUAGUCCAGACCACAUUCACUGAGCCCAUACAUGCUGGAGUUUGGGUUUUCUAUGGAACCACUGCAGAGUUCCUCAAACUCAAAUAGAGUAACUUCAGCGUCUGAGGGUUGGUUCAUGUUCAGCCCUGAUUUAAGUUCGUGAUCUACAGUUGCAGCAUUAAUUAGUCACAUGACGACGGAAAUGAUUGAUUCUUAAAUGUUUCAGUCAUUUUUAAAUCUGCUUUCAGCUUCUGAAACAUUUCUUGAUUUCAUUUUUCAUAUCUGACAAGAAACUGUAUGUUUUGUCGGUUUUUGAUUCCAACUGUUGAACUGUUGAGCUGUGAGGCAAUCAAAUAUUUGCUUGUUUUAGUAUUUUCUGACAUUUUAUGCUUAAAAUGAUUGACAGAGAAAAUAAUCAGCAUGAAGUAAUCAUUAACUGAAGUUCUGUAAUCCAUCAUUUCAUCAUUUCUGUUUUAUAUUUUCUGUGUGACAGCUGAGAUAAUUGUUGAACAACCAGUUUGUCUGAAAGGAUUUGAGCCAAUGUUUCAUGUUUUCUGAGAAUUCAUGACACAAAAGUGCAAAAAAAGAAAAAAAAAAUGAACCGACACCGUUUUAUUUCUUCUUUUGUGUCUUUGCAGCAGUUUUGUGUGUAUCGAUAUGAGUUUGACACAUGAGAUUAUGUAAUUCACAUUGUAUUCUUUGUAUUUUAUUGUAAAUAUGUUCAUGUUUUCACAUUUUACCUUCUCAGAAACUAUUUAGCAACUUAAAAGUUGAAUGUAAAUGUAACAGUAAAUGACUUUUAAUGUACUUCUGAAUCUGCUGUUUGCUUUCCUUUCACUUGAAUUCAUGUUUCUUCAAUCUCAUGUUAGUGAUGCAUUUAUGGAGCCAGCUGAGGUGAAGGAAAAAUCAGCUUUUUAUUCCAAUGUGCACUUCAUUUCUCUUUGACACAGAUAUAUGUACAGAAUUUAUGGGAUUUGUGUUUUAUUGUGGAUUUUCUGGUUGAAAAAAAAUUAUAUUUUAUAGUACUCAGUAGACAUUUGAUAAUCUGACUUGGUGUGUUUUGAUUUGCUUCUAAAAAAUCAACAAAUUUGUGAUUCUGCUUCAUGUUAAUCUGCAAAUAAACGACAAUAAAUGAACAGA